CGGCCGAGCGUAAGUUAGACGCUACGGCGACGGAAGACACUUCCACCCGUCAUUUCUCUGGCCUUGGCUGCGAAGAGCAGUAUCGAUGCGGAUUCCGCGGCCAGGGCUGCUCGGCUGCCCCCAGGAGCUCUCACGUCCCCGAAGCCUGGCAGUGCCGCGGAGCGCGAGGGGCGGCAUAGUGACCAACUUCCUGGUGCGGAGUUUGCCCGCCACUGUCGCUGAGUGAUUGCGCCAUCGAGAGCCGAAAACCUCCUUGGCAUCCCUCUUCCACUUCGGGUGUACCUGCCGACACGUCAGAGCUCUGCGGAGGAUCUCAUGGAGCCCAGAGGGAACAAGAGAGGAACGGGGAAAGUAGAAGUAGCAGAACCUCGGAACAAACUCCCUCGCCCAGCCCCCUCACUGCCCACAGACCCGGCCCUCUACUCUGGGCCUUUUCCUUUUUACCGGCGCCCUUCCCAAAUGGGCUGCUUCUCCCUGGAUGCCCAACGCCAGUAUCAUGGAGACGCCCAAGCCUUGCGUUACUACAGCCCACCCCCCAUCAAUGGUCAGUGCCCCAACUUUGACCUCAGAGACGGAUACCCUGAUCGAUAUCAGCCGCGGGAUGAGGAGGUCCGAGAAGGCCUGGACCACCUGCUGCGCUGGCUCUUGGAGCAUCGAAGCCAGCUGGAAGGGGGUCCCGGCUGGUUGACAGGGGCCAUAGUGACAUGGCGGGGGCACCUGACAAAACUGCUGACAACACCGUAUGAGCACCAGGAGGGCUGGCAGCUGGCAGCCUCCAGGUUCCAGGGGACACUGUACCUGAGUGAGGUAGAGACACCAGCUGCUCGGGCUCAGAGGCUUGCCCGACCACCCCUCCUUCGGGAACUUAUGUACAUGGGGUACAAGUUCGAGCAGUACAUGUGUGCAGACAAACCUGGAGGCUCCCCAGACCCCUCUGGGGAGGUUAACACCAAUGUGGCCUUCUGCUCUGUGCUACGCAGCCGCCUGGGAAACCACCCUCUGCUCUUCUCAGGGGAGGUAGACUGCACAGACCCCCAGGCCCCAUCCCCACAGCCCCCCACCUGCUAUGUGGAGCUCAAGACCUCCAAGGAGAUGCGCAGCCCUGGCCAAUGGAGGAGUUUCUACAGACACAAGCUUCUGAAAUGGUGGGCUCAGUCGUUCCUCCUGGGGGUCCCAAAUGUUGUGGCUGGCUUCCGUAACCCAGAGGGCUUCGUCUGUUCCCUCAAGACCUUUCCCACCAUGCAGAUGUUCGAACACGUCAGGAAUGACCGCAACGGCUGGAAUCCCUCUGUGUGCAUGAACUUCUGUGCUGCCUUCCUUAGCUUUGCCCAGAAUACAGUUGUCCAGGAUGACCCCAGGCUCGUCCACCUCUUCUCCUGGGAGCCUGGCAGCCCAGUCACAGUGUCUGUACAUCGAGAUGCACCCCAUGCCUUCCUGCCCACGUGGUAUGUGGAAGCCAUGACUCAGGACUUUCCAUCAGCCCCCCAAGACACCAUCCCGACACUCUGUGAGGCGCGUGCUCUACCGUUACCUACCAGCUCUCCCAGUGAAGGACACCUCACGACCACCACCAACACCCUGCCAUAAGACUACAGCCGAACAAAGGAAGAGUGGACAUAUUGCAUCAUGGACCAGGGCGAGAACUUCUUUGUGGUUUAUAUUCAGAAAUGGAAUUGAGGAUCAAAGAGUAUGUUAUUCUUAACUAAAGAACACUGAGGUACACUCCAGACUGGCCACCACUGUACGAGAGUUCCUAUAAUCCUAUACAGGCAGACCUCGUUUUACUGCAUUUCACAUACUGCAUUUUAAUCAACAUGGAGGCCAGACCCUCCACCAGCAAAACGAUUACAAUUCACCAAAGG